AGUUUGUGAGCCUGAUAGUUUCAUAUGUUGCAGUCCAUGCGAAGAAAGCCACGUUGUUGGUUCUCCUGUACACCAGUUGACCUUCAAAGUUUAUUGGCACUCCCCAUUGGAUGGCACCAGAAGUUAUUCAAGCAAGUCGUUAUGAUGGGAAGGUAGAUGUAUGGGCUCUCGGAGUGUCUGCUAUUGAAAUGGCGGAGGGUCUUCCUCCUAAGGCAACGGUGCAUCCAACGAGGGUGCUAUUUAUGACAUCCAAUGAACCAGCUCCCAUGCUUGAGGAUAAACAGAAAUGGUCUCUUGAAUUCCAUGAUUUUGUUGCCAAGUGCCUUACAAAAGACCCCCGACUUCGUGCAACUGCCUCAGAGAUGCUAAAGCACGAAUUCAUCGAAAAAUUCAAAGAUGGAGCUUCUGUAAUGAUGCCAAAGAUUGAGAAGGCCAAGCAAAUUAGGGAAGCGCAAAAUAUUGCAUCAUAGACUCCCCCUACCCUCCCGAGAAAGUGGGAUUCUGUUUCUUGAAGCCUUGUGCUGCAACUUCAGGUAAUGGGAGGUCCAAAGGUGAACGAAAACGAUGAAUUUGAUGAUUCUGUUCCCUCUAAGCCCAAAAAUGAUGAUGAUUGAUGUCCCUUCUACAAGCUUGGUGGAGCCUGUGGGAGAAGAUGACCUUCAGUUUCAUCUUGCAUUAUAUAUUUGAUUGACAUUCUGUAGGAAGCAAAGAAACAAUUGAUAAUGAGUUGUAUCUCAAGAUGUUCAAUUAUCUCAUCUUUAUG